AUAAAUACACAGGAUUCAUGACUUUUUUUUUAUCCCAAACUUCCAAUAAAAGGAGAGACGGAGAGAAUGGAAGCAAAGGAAGAUGAAUCGGAUAGUUCAUUUACCAGUGUCACCUCACUUACCCUAAAAGGUCCAAAAAAUAUUCCCCAACAAUAUGUUCUUCCUUCUUUUCAACGAUCAAACCAUAGCCUUCUUAAUCACAUAUCUACUGAAUUUCCAAUCAUCGACCUUUCCAUGCUCAACCACCCUGCUCAUAUGCCCAAACUAAUCAAUGAAGUUGGUGCUGCCUACAAGAAACUUGGGUUCUUUCAGGUAUCUAUUAGGAUGCAUUUGCAACACUGGAGUAGAUGGAACAAGCUUUCUACAACUAUUUUCGAUAAAGAGGGCGUUACAUUCACAAACAAAUACUCAAGAGGAAAUCUUUGUCCAGCCCUUUUAAGUGGGAAAAACUUUGUCAUCAACAUGAGUUGCAGUCCCAAUCAAACGCACGCCCAAGUAAUAAACCAUGGAAUUCCUAGUUGGGUCAUAAAAGAUGCAAUGGACUCUGCUGAAGAAUUCUUUAGGUUGCCAAGCGACAAGAAGAUGUGUUUUGCUUCUACCGAUGUUCACGCUCCUGUAAGAUUUGGCACUAGUAUGAAUCAUGUGAUAGAUAAGGUGCUGUUUUGGAGAGACUUCAUCAAACAUUAUGCUAAUCCGAUAUCAGAAUGGAUCCAUCUAUGGCCAUCGGAUCCUCCAAGUUACAGAGAGAAGAUGGGAAGCUAUGCAAAGGCGGUGAAUACAUUACAGAAGCAAUUAAUGGAAGUGAUCAUGGAAAGCUUAGGACUGAAUGCGGAUUACUUACAUGAUGACAUAGAAGAAGGUUCACAAGUCAUGGCUGUCAACUGCUACCCGGCCUGCCCGGAACCAGAUCUUGCACUAGGGAUGCCACCACACACGGAUUAUGGUACCCUCACCAUCUUAAAUCAAAGCCAGCAAGGACUUCAAAUUAUGGACCAAGAUAAAAAAUGGCACGUGGUUCCAUUUGUUCAAGGUGCCCUAAUAGUUCAGUUGGGAGAUCAAUUUGAGGUGUUGAGUAAUGGAAGAUACAAGAGCAUACGUCAUAGAGCCAUUCUUGACACGCAUAAACAGCGCCUGUCAAUUGCUAGUAUUCAUAGUAUGCCCAUGGAGAAAAAAGUAGGACCAGCGCCUGAGUUAAUUGAUGAGCAACACCCCAUUGCCUACAAAGAAGGGAGCUUCAGUGGAUUUCUUGAUCACAUAUCGGUUAAAUCUGUAUCAGAAGAUACGUACCUCGACGCGUUAAAAAUCCAUGAAGCAUGAUAUAAACAAGCGUCGAAAUUCAAAGGAGGAUUUAUCAUGAUGGAGCUUACAGAAGUUAGAUGAUACAGGGUGUGGUGUGGGCGUGACAACCUUUGGGCCCUGUUCUUUUAUUAAGUUUAGGCCUAAAAGUCUAAAAUUAUAGGCUUCGCUUUCCCUUGUUAUGUUAAACUAGGUUAAAACCCGUGGAAUUUAGG